UGACAGAUGAUAACAGAACACCGUCUUUAAAGGGCAAGGUCGCUAGCGGCAUCGAAACUUCCUCAAACCGACCAUGAGCGAAAUUCCGUGGUCAAAUAAAAGAGAAGAUUAUGAAUUAAAGGAUGUAAUUGGUGCUGGUGCAACAGCCGUUGUUCAAGGUGCAUUAUGUAAGCCAAGAAAAGAAUCAUGUGCAAUCAAACGUAUCAACUUAGAAAAAUGCAACACAACAGUGGAGGAACUGUUGAAAGAGAUCCAGGCUAUGAGCCAGUGCAAACAUGAAAAUGUGGUUAGCUAUCACACAUCAUUUGUUGUCAAAGAUGAACUCUGGGUGGUUAUGAAGCUGUGUGCUGGGGGUUCUAUAGACAUCAAAGCAGGAAAUGUUUUAAUUGGAAGAGAUGGGUCUGUAUUUAUUGCAGAUUUUGGUGUGUCAGCCUGGCUAGCAACUGGGAAAGACCAAACCAGGGAUGCGGUCCGACACACUUUUGUUGGUACCCCAUGUUGGAUGGCACCAGAAGUCAUGGAACAGGUGACAGGGUAUGAUUUUAAAGCAGAUAUCUGGAGUUUAGGAAUUACUGCCAUAGAAUUAGCAACGGGUACAGCACCAUAUCACAAAUAUCCUCCAAUGAAGGUUUUAAUGUUGACAUUACAAAAUGAUCCCCCAUCAUUAGAUGCUGGGGCUGAAGAUAAAGACCAGUAUAAAAACUACAGUAAAGUGUUCAGAAAGUUUGUCUCUGAUUGUUUGAAAAAGGAACCUGAAAAAAGGCCUACAGCAAAGCAGUUACUGAAACAUGAAUUCAUGAGAAAAGCAAAGGACAAAACUUACCUUGUGAAAUCAUUACUGUCGGAAGGGUCUUCAGUGAAACCCCAGAAAGUAAAAAGGGUUCCAGGCUCCAGUGGUCGUCUGCACAAGACAGAAGAUGGCACAUGGGAGUGGUCUGAUGAUGAAAUGGAUGCCGAGUCAGAGGAAGGAAUGGCUGCAGUCGCUGAAACUAGCAGGCGUUUGAACGACAAAACAGAACUAGGGGACAUUGAGGAAGAUGUUGAGUCUCCACGUGUCAGGCCUCCAGAAGACAAAGAGGAUGAAGCUGUUGAGAAGCUUGCAGAAGGUGCUGCCAAAAUGUCAACGACUAAUGUGGAGAAGCCAAGCCCUCCUGCAGAGCAAAAGACUGAACCAGCAGUCAGUGAGGUAUCAGAAGGGACAGUGACAAAGGCAGAAACUGUCCCAGCAAUAAAUCUGGUGCUGAGGUUAAGAAAUGAAAAGAGAGAGCUAAAUGACAUUAAAUUUGACUUCACACCUGGUCAAGAUUCUUCAGACAGUGUCUCCCGAGAGCUUGUUGAAGCUGGCCUUGUUGAUGGAAAGGAUAUGAUAGUUGUUGCAGCCAACUUGCAGAAAAGUCUUGAUAACAGAAUGCUGAAAAGCCUUUGCUUAAGUAAGCUUUAUUUAUUGUCCCCAUUUUUGGUUAGAAAACAAAGGUUCUUGGGUGAAGUUUAUAUGAAUUCUGGUUGUGCACAAAAUGAAGCACCAUGUGAUAAGUCAUUGAUAGGAUUUGCUCAGCUCACAAUUAACGACUGACACCAGUAUUUAUCAUGUACUCAGUGCAGCUAACAGUGAUAAUCCCAGCUCGAUUCAGUGAGUCAUAGAAGAUGUAGAAGAAAUUCACAACAGAAUUCUUUGAAAACAUGAAUAGCUACCGAAAUUUUAUGGAAAGGGUUUGAUAAAGAAAGAAUACUCAACAAUAUGCAUACUUUGCCUUUUAUGUGAACAGAACUCAGUACCACAGUAUAUAUAAAACUUUGUUGCUGUAUUUUAAUAAUUUCAAAUGUUCAUGUUGAAUUACUUUUGGCUUAAACAAUGCAUAUUUAAAUACUAAUAUAUUUGGAAGAAUGUACCCAUAGAUGGUAAAGAAAUAAGUAGCCUGAGACAUGCAGUUUAAUCCACCUACUCUGUAACACAGUUUUACUUGAAUUAAUGCUUUAUUUUACAAGAAACAGUGGCAGUAGGAUGUUAUUACUUCUUUGAAAUAUAUCUAAGAAUGCCAAUUUUUUUAACUGCAGUUUCAAAAAAUUAUUUGUUAUGAGAAUUUUUGCUUGGAAAUGUUACGUUUUCUGCUAAUAAAGAGGUCCUUAAAAUAUUAUGACUGUCUGUCAACAAAGAAAGCCAGAAUUAAAGUUUUUGAAAAAAUUGGUGUACAAAAUUGCCAAAAUUUUCAAUGGAAAAAAUAUCCAGCCAGAAUGUUGUUUGAUGAUAAAUUUAAAAGAUAUUUUGAAAAUUUAACAAAAAUCAUUUUACUACAGGAAUUACCAAAUUUGGCAUACAUUUUAGAGGUGUCUCCUUUACUAUAGCAAACUUUAGUAAGGCAAAGAAUUCAGGGACACUGUUAAGCAGGGCUCCAGAAAUUUUGAAAACUCAGUCGGUCCAAAACAAAAUCACGACAUUGUCGGUACCCCACCCACCGUAUUAUGCAUUAUGCAUAUACUUGUAAAAUGUGACAGAGUAAAGAAAUUAAUAUGUCAUGCAUUUAAAAUGAUUUACUGGUUACCGCGAGUUACCAUACAAUGCAUACAAUGAAAACGGUCAUUCAGUGUUAUAUUUGAUCGCUACUUUGUUUAAAUUUUUAUGUUUUUCUGAGAAAAUACUUGCAAGGAUAAAAUUGCCGAUGCAUUGUUUUCUUGGCACCGUGUUUUUACCUAAAUAGUCUAAAAGCCAACGCAACCGGUACCGUAUACACAGCAGGAACUUUGUGAUGUUUCCUCAUUAUUUGACAGAUAUUUACAAAAUACAAUGCAUCAAAGAGAUUUACUCAACAUUGUCUCUGUCAAACACCCUCAGUGUAUUUUAGAGUACUCUGCCACGGACCAAAUGUGAAGGUUAUGUGAACGUGGAGAUCGAAUUUCCCAUGCGUAGGGUACCAAAAGGUCACGUGGGUCGGCCGUCCUAAUCAUGGUACCAAUCAAUCUACAUGGAUAUUUCAUUUCACUGGCGUAGUACUUCAGUAAGCAACUAUGUUUUGUAAACUUAUAUAUUCUUUUCUGCUGUAACAAUUUUUUUUUUUUUUUUGGAACACGUUUUUUUAAGACGAUAAACUGGCCGGUCCGCCACUCCUAUUUUCUUUAUCAUUCGGGUUUGCCAGUCCAUUUUUUUGUACAGUCUGGUUGCAAAGACGAUUUUCUGUACUUGUUUCAGCCGGACUGAAAUUAAUCAUGUAAUUUUUACAAACCAAGUAAUUAGAAAAAAUAUUUAUAUUAGUUUCCUGUGUGAUAUCUCAUUAAAUGCAAUGACCAUUUGUUUUUUUGCCCAUCUUCACACAGCCUUUUGAAACAAAACAACCCAUCGGCUAAUGAUGACAAUCAGAACGUUUGACACAUUUAUUGAUUAUCUGAGGGUGCUAUCAACAAUUCUCUGCUUGGCAGUUGAUAGUGUAUUGAGAUUUCAGACCGAAAUUUAUACUUUUCCAUUUUUAUCGGACUGAUGUUUUCGUUUUUUCACUUCAUGAAUUGGUCUGAAAAGUAAAAAAUCGGUCCAAAACCAACAAACCGGUAAAUUUCCGGAGCCCUGCUGUUAAGUUUAAUUUUAUACCAUAUAUUGCUAAGGUACAGCUGAAAAGCAAUAACAGGCAUUGAAACCUGAGUCGAGAGAUACAAGCUUUUGUUGUGGGCUUACUUUGCAAAUAUGUGGCUGUGUUUGUGGUGCUCUGUGCUUCCGAGAAAUCUACCCUUACCUUUUAUCUUUAGCAUGUCAAAAACUUGAUAAAUGAGUGGGGAGGGGACAGUAAAACAGACAGUACAUAUCUAUUUGGUAUGUGCAGAUAUAUAUAUAUAUAUAUAUAUAAUAUGAUUAUUAUAACAGUAAUAUGAUGUGGGAAGUUGUAUUUUGUCAAGCUACUGUUAAAAUGACCCUUUAAUUAUAUACUUCCAUGCACAAAAAUGUGUUUUAAACAAAACAUACUAACAUUACGAAUAGGAACAGUUUCAUUUUAUAUGCCUUGGAAAUGUCAUAUCAUUCUUGUUCACAUUGAUUACUGCCCUUCUUUUACAGGUAAGAUUUAUUGCUCCAAAAGAGUAAUAAAAUGUUUGAAAUAUAUAGAAAAAUUAUGUUAUUGUAAGUAGUUUGCAAUUUUAUUUUAAAAGGGUUGUUGUCAUUUAAUUUAUAGCUUUUUCAAAAAAAAAAAAUAUAGGACUGGGUCAUGAGGUCAUGAAUAUUAGGAAACAAGCCCAGACAAACAAAUGUUAAAGGAUUGCAUUCUAACAGUUACUAAAGGAAAGUUGUUUUCUGUCGGAUCAUAUUUUUAUUUAUUUGAAAUACAAGCCACGUCCUUUACAGACUUUAUGUUGGUAUAAUUAAUCGUAUAGUAAAAGUGAUUAUAUUUAAGACAACAGAUUUAUUGUUAAAAAGUCAUCAAGUUUAUUAGUUAUUAAUUGGACUGUUUUUAUCUGCAUACAUGUUUUAUAAUGUUAUUAUUGUUUCUUGUAAAUAUAUUCUCGUAUACAAAAUAAGGUGUUUGGUGUUCUAAUCAGGAAUUAAAAAAUGCAUAGUAGGUGAAGUAUAUUAAUUUGUAAGUAAUGUAUACAUCAAAGAAUGUGUGUUGGGUGCUCUAAAUUGUAAUUUGCUUGUAUAUUUACAUGUUUAUAUUCAUUUAAAUAUUUCUUAGGAAUGAUCUUGACAGAUACAGAUAUUAAAUGUAGUUAUAUAGCAUCUAAGACAUUUUUUCUAACUAGAACACUGUAAAACAAAUGAAUAAUAGAUGACAAUCACAACAUGUAUACUCAUUUUAGUUGCUGCUAUUUCUUUUAAAAGAGUAAUUUGAUAUAAUAAGGUUGAGGAAAGUUCAUUAUUACAUCAUGCUUUAUUAUACACCCCAAGGGACGUAUUGUGUUAUGAGACCGGUGUGCGUCUUGUCUGUCCAUCUGUUAGCAAUCUCGUGUCCGCUGUGUAAAUUUUGAACCCUUUGAAAGUUUUCUAAGAAACUUGACACAAAUGUUUACCACAUUGAGACGACAUGCAGAGCGCAUGUUUUGGAUGGCUCGCUUCAAGGUCAAGGUUACACUUAGGGGUCAAAGGUCAUAUGACUUUGUUUCGUUUCCACUCUGAAACUCUUGAACUGCUUGAAGGAUUUUUAAAAAACUUGGCACAAAUGUUCACAACAUCGGGAUGACAUACAGAGAGCAUGUUUCGGAUGGCUGGCUUCAAGGUCAAGGUCACAUUUAGGGGUCAAAGGUCAUACCUUUGGGCGUAUAUUGCUCUGCAUUGUGGUGCUCUUGUUUAAUAUAAUGCAGUGUGUUAUGCUUAAUCAUGUAUGUGCUUGAAAUAGGAUACACUAGUAGAAUACACAAGUAUUGUUUGAUUUUUAAAUGAAUUAGAGUAUGCAAGUAUUGUAAGAAUUUAAAAUGUGUUAUUUUACACCUAAUGUUCAAGAGUGAUAUUAGAACACAUUCUGUUACACUUAAUAUACAUGUAUCACAUGAACUUAGAACGCAUUUGGUUACACUUAAAACACAUGAUUGUGUCACAUGAACAUAGAAUGUGUUUGGCCACACUUAAGGUAUUAGAUCACUAAUAGUAAUGUUUACAAAAUGGCCUUUGCUUGGUAUAUUCUGAAAGGUAACCGUGUUUUGCACUAUUUUGCAAUUUUUAAACAACUUUUACCAUGCCGUUUUUUAUAAAUUUUGUAUAACUUAUGGUAUCUCCUCAAGCUCAAGUAGAGACAAAUUUCAAAGUGAUAGCCACUAUCCAAAACGUUUGCAGAGAACUCAUUUUACCAUUAAUUUUAAUAAAAAAACAUCAAACUAUUGGUAAACAGUUAUAAAAUACAAAAUAGAAAUGUCAGUAUCAUUUUUUCUAUGGUGCCUCAGGUAAACGGAUUUAAUGAGACAGAAUUCAUACUUCAACAUUGAAAAAAUAAGGCCGAAUGCUGUGUUUCUGUUUUGAAUUUUGCUUACUCCAUUUAAAAAUAACCUUAGGGCAGACGUAAAACCUACCUAAAUUUCUUCCACAAUAUAUAAUCUAAGAGUGAAAGCAAUAUAGAGAACUUUCACCGCGUGUAACUCAAUAUUUUUAAAGAUGUGUAACUCUACCCCUUCUGUUUAAGUAGUAAAUUCACCUUUAACACCAAGAAAUUGCUUAUAAGAUUCAUCUUUUUCCAUUUUUGUACAAGAAAUCAAUGAUAAGUCUUGAAAGAAGUAAAAACUUACUAGAAAAAAAAGGGGGGCGGGGAAAUUGGUCCCAGUAGGGCUUGAACCUACGCCCCACUAAGAAUUGCAGUAAAAGUAUGUUUAUGGUAGGAAUUGAAUACAUGAACUUGGAAUGCAUUUGGUUAUAUUAAUAAACAUAUAUCACUUGAACUAAGAAUGUGUUUAGUCACACAUAGGGAUAUUUCUGACAGUUGUUACUGCGCAUCCUAUUGUACAGUGGUCAGUCCGUUACUUGCAAAUUAUUUUCUAUGUUAAAUAGAAAGUUGAAUAAUUUUCAGACGGUAUUGGAUACAAUGUUAAUAAAAAAAACUUAAAUUGAAUGUGAUUUAGUCGGUAAAAAAUGAAAUGGUUGGUUUCUAUCUUAAGGAAAAGGUGGGUCACUGUAGUAAGAAGUACUUAAAAAAAAUAUAACAAAAAAUGGAUUUCCUGAAAACUUCAGAAAUACAACUGUUAGACAUUUUUGCAUGAAACGUGAUAUAUACAUAGGAGGGCAUUAUGAAGAAGUUUUUCUUGUUAACUGUGGUUACUAUGGCAGCAAGUACUUAAAAAUAUGACAAAAUUUGGAUCCAGUGAAAACUUAAAAAAUAUAAGGAAAAUUUCAUUUCAUUUCGCCAUUAAGAGAAUUACUACUUUGAUACGCUAUUUACAUUGUACGUCAUAUAUAUUUAUACAUUUGUUAAAGCUAGAUCUCAAACAGCUACCAGUAAGGGACACUUGUUUCAGGCACUAAAACACCUACCAUUGUACUAGACUGGCAAUUUUAUGUUGUGGUCACAAAGAAACAAACAUGCUUUAUGCAGAAUAUAAAGUGUAUGUUUUUUAAUCAUUAGAAUAUAAUUAAUUUAAAUUUUCCCUGUAAUGUUACAAGGUACAAUACUAUUGCAACUGUUUGGUCCAUGUUUUCUGUAUCAAAGUUUCUCCUGGAUUUCUCUUUAAAUGUAAGACUAUAUGAUACAUGUACAUUAUACAACAGUCUUAAAACUCUGAUGGUGGUGAAAGGAACUUUAAAAUGUUCAGAACAUCUUGAUUAGUAUUGAAUUUAUGAUAAAACUUUGAUAGGAUAUUUUCCAUUUUGGACACCAGAAGGUUUUAAAACUGCAGUUUUGACUUCAUUGGGUAAGGGAUAGUUUUUGUAAUCACAGAGGGAACAUUUUUAUGUAAAAGUUCCAUGUUAUAUCUGAAUCAUGAAUUUUAACUGCAUGUAAACAAUCUGUAUUCUUCUGCUUUUAUAGGAAUUAAUUUUGCAGCAGAUGUUUAUUGAAAGGCAUUCUUCAGCAAGUACAUGUAUUGUUAUUGUUGCAUGGCAUAUUUCAUGUACAUUAGGGAGGGCCCUAGGUAAUGUUGGAAAACGUUGGCCCAACCCAUUUGUAUGUAUUUGUUUAAAAAAUGUGACAUAUGCAUAUACAAUAAAAUAUGAUCAAACUAAACUAUUCAUGCAAGGUUUCUACCUAGAAUUUAUUAGACAGAAAAGAAAAUUCAACUUAUUUCACUAGUUUAUAGUCUAUGGAUAUGUACAAAACAAUUUUGAUAUUAAUCUCAAAAGUACAUUUGGGAUAUACAGUGUGGUGUUAUUUAUUUUCUAUUUAUUGUUAAAUUAGCGAAGACCAAAUGUUCCAAUAAAUUGUUGUCACAUUUUGCAUAGAAAUAAAAAAAGUGGAAAAUUCA